CUCUGCCAUUCCAAAUGAACGCCCCGCACUCAAGCGACGCUGUCAACGGAGUCACGUUAGACCACGACAUCAGCCAGAGCUGCUCACCUCAGCACCUUAGACGUAGCUCUUCAUACGGGUUGGACAGCGGCCUUCCCAAAUGGAACGCCUUGGAGAUGCACCGUAUUGAGCCUUGCUACAGGAGUAAGCGGAUACAAGCCAGCCUUAUGCGAAUCAAGCGUUCGUUUCGUGAUGGUAUUUCCAGGGCGCUGGGUUGGCUUCAUGAACAUAUGUGUUAGCUUCAAGAAAGCGUCAACGUCAGAUUAUGAUAACCAAGUAAUAGGAAAGACAAUAGAUGGACAACAUGAGAGUGUUGAAGUUUCUCCUAUGGUAAUAAUAGGGUAAUAUUAUUAUGAAUUGAAGGUAAUAUUAAUUGGUAAUAUGAAUUCAUAUUACCAAUAAGGUAAUAUGAAUUGAAAUGAGAACUUAAAGUAGCGAUAUAAUAUGUCAUAUUUCACUGAAUUUGUUACAGAGUCGUCACAAGAUUAAGAAAUAAUGGUUAAUGAAAGAUAAAAGACUUAGAAAGGAACGCAUUCUACGUCAAUCAUCCGCACUAAAAUCUUUACACUCGUAUCACUACAUUCCAUUCGUUUCUAUACGAUUAUACGGAAUAGAGCGCAAAAUGUAGCCAAACUUUUGAAUUACCAUACUUGUGGUGAAAUUAAUAUACGGAAUCGUCGAAUCGAUUACAUUCUUACAAAACUGAGAUCACGAAGUUAUUUUUA